AGAGACCCAGCAGUCGAAGGAAUAGAGUGUGAAGUGGAAGUUGAUAUAGACGAUCUAUUAGAUAUGGAUGACGAUCGUCAGCGUACACUAUUUCUUCAAAAACUCUUGUCAUCAGCCAAAUCUAAGGAAAAUAUCAAAGAAUUCAUUGAGAGAUUACUUGAAAAGAUUAAAACAUUAUAGAUGAUAACAGGCGGAAUACAACUAUAAUUAUUCAUCCGCCGCGCUAGCUCUUAACUGCCAAGCAAGAAAUGUCAAACCUUGCCAAUUAAAUAGCAUUGCAUGCAUUUUGGAGAACAUAUUUUUACUAGAAAAUUAUAACAAAAAGUACCGUCCAGAUUUAAAAUAAGUAGGUUUGAAUAUUGCAUCCUAAUGAGAAAUUACAUAAAAUAAUAUCUUUAUUAUAUGUAUGUUCUUUAUUCAAACCAAACUGUUUGUUUAGUGUUUUUAUUCAAUUGGUUAAAAGAAAUUUGUUGUAUUAUUUUUCAUUAUGUUUCAACAUUACUAUUGAUGUAUGUACAAUAUGGUUGUAUGUGGUAGGGGCUUUUUAGAUUAAGUUCUGGACAUUUUCAUCUAUUUUGGUAAAAUGUUAAUUAUCCACUUACAUAAAUAUUAUUCAGCUACAAUCCAGUGAAUACAUAUAUUUAUUAAUAACAAGUUUGGUUUAUAUAAAAUUAUAUUGUAUACUAAUGAUUAAGUACCUACUUGUUUUUCAAGUAUAUGUUUUUAACUUAAAUUAAUGAUAUGCAUUCACAUUCUCAGUUCUUAAGACUGAUCUUUUUAUUGCAAACAAAAAUGUAAUAUUUAUUUAUUAAUUAAAAGUAUAUUAUCAAUUAAAAUGCACAUUUUUACUUAUGAGGACGCUACCCAUACAUUUGUUGUCUCCAUCUUACUCACUCAUGACAUACCAAAUUGUCUUUCACUAGUUUCAAUAGUGUGCUGUUAGUUUUGAUACUAGAGUGAACUGACCUAUUAUAAAACUUUUAGGUCAAAACAUUAUCUGUGCUUAAGUGUUGCCAAUUUUUCAACAUUUUCAUUUUCAAGCAAGAUUAGGGUAUGUGAAAUAUCAAAAAUAAAAAAUGCUCAUCUCGCUUGAAAAUUAAAAUAGCGAAUAAAAACUAACACUUAAGCACAGAUAAAGUUAUUAUCUAAAAAUUUGAUAAUAGGUCAAAUCACUCUAAUAUAAAAACUAACUGCACACUAUUAAAUAUAGUAAACAAAAAAUUGGUAUGGCAUACGUGUGUAAGACGGAGACAACAAAUGCAUGGCUAUCCUCUUAAUAGUAUAGAAAUAGUAAAAGUAAAAAAAUUAACUAUUUUAGUUGAAAAAUACAUUUAUGAUAUUUCAAUUGAAAAGUAUUAUUUUAUAUUCUUAUGAAUAUUUGUUGUUUCAUUUUUCUAUAUAGUAUAUUUUUCUUUUAUCUAUAUGGAAAAAGAUAACUUCAGCAAAGCCCAACUGUAAAAUUAAUAUUAUGCAUAAAUUAUGAACUAUUAAGCUUAUAAAAUAUAAUUUAAACUAAAUUUAAUUUUGCAUCUGUAUAUUGUUUGCCUGUUAUUUUUUUUUUAAUAUUUAAAAGUGAUAUUUUUGUUCUUGUUCAAAUACUAUAUUCAUAAUAUUAUAAUCAUUACGAAUAUCCAUUUACGCUAAACAGUACUUCUUAGCGGCUAUCAAUUUUUGUCAAACUCAGCAGACAAUUAUCCUUUCAAUGGACAUUUAUUAUUGCUAUUCAUGGCAAUAAUCCCAUCUGUCAUCACCUUGUGCAGAAAUGAGCAUCCAAGAAUUCCUCUUUCGUAAAUGGAGUAUUGUUUGUAAAUUAUUUUUAAUUUAAUUUGUUUUUAAUUUGAAAAAAAGGAUGUAUUUUUACUAUUUUAGCUGUUAUAAAAAUACAUAAAUAAAUAAUUAGCAUACAAA